AUGUCAUCGCCAGCAGUAGUCAGCAGUAACGCCAACGUCUCCAGUAUCAGCCAGCAGAAGCCUGCGGGCGCCUUCUGCUCGAGCAUCAGCACUACCGCCAAGUCGACGGCCACCACCGUCACCUCCGCCUCUCCGGCGAAAAAGUCGUCGCGCAAAUCAGAGACUGAACUGAGCAACGGCACCAACUUUCAGCCCAUUGCGCCUCACCAAACCUUCUACCAGCCCACCAACCACCAGCACCAUCACCACCAGCAGACAGGCAUCGCAUUGGCGUCGGUGCAGCAGCAACAGCAACUCCAGUCGAGUGGAGUCACCGUCUUCUCCUCGCCCAACAUGAUGACAACACAGCAGCAAGGGGGUCAGACCUCACAGCUGGUGGUCAAUGCGCAGGGGCAGCCCAUGCAGACCUUCAACGGUGGCCAGGGCGUCCUCCAGGGACAGGGAAUGAGCAUUCUUCCCCUGCCGCAUAUGCAGAUGAUCCAGACGGCUCCUGGACCCACCUACACGAUGCCCAUCCAGCAGUUUCAGUACGCCACCGGUCAUAAUAUGCAGCCCAUUAUUCUGGCGCCCGGCAAUCUGAGCAUGUUCCAGCAGAGUCCCUCACAGCUGGCCAUACAGAUACCGAAUGGCAACAACACCAAUACGAUGAUCACCAAUCAGAUUACGACUAAUGCCGCCAACACGCCGGUGAAGCCUGUCCAACAGCAAGGCCAGACGAUCAUUAAGAGCGUGUCCAUGUCGCCACAGCAACCGCAGGCCACUAAAUCCAGUGCCACCACUACGCCAACUGCAGUUCGGGGACAGGUGCAGCCUAACCAGCAGCAGCAGCAGACGAUCAUUGGGACGCCAACCUUCCAGACAACAGGUACACCGAACCAGACCUUUGUCAUUGGAACGUUCCAAAGUCAGCCUAAUGGACAGACGAACGGUGCCACCUUUAUCUCGACGCCCAAUAACAAUCGAAAGAAUAAUACUUCUGGCGCCAACAUUAUUCACCAAAAGAUUCAGCCAGCAACGUCGCUGGCCACGACGCCCAUGAUUGCUCCGGCGCAGUUCAAGACGAACAACUCGCCCUUUCAAACGGCCGCCAACGGCAGCUCACCUGGCAGUGCUCAGACCAUCAUGGUGCACGGUCAGGGACUGCAGUCGGGCACAGGUGGCAUGCAGUUAGCCACCAAUCCGACCAUCAUUUCCUCCUUCAACAAUGGCCUCACCUGGACGACUGGCGCCAUUAAUCAGCAGCAGACGCAGCUGGUCACCCCCAACACACAGCCCAUCUACUUUCGCGACGGACAGAUGUUCUUUCAGACGGGCAACAACCAGUACCAGGCGUUGCCCAUGCAGAUGACGCAGGGCACACAGCAGCAGGCCAACACCGGCGGCACCAUGCAAAUGGCCACCGGGCACCAGCAAAUAGUCGCCUCUUCCGUCAACCAGACCAUGCCGAUGAUUCAGGCCACUCACCAGACGGUGGCACAUGCGUCGCCGAUGCUGCAACAGACUCAGCAGACGGCUUCCGUCGCAAUGACCGGUGGAAUGGCAAACACAGUCAACAACAUCAACAACAUGAACCAGGGCACAGUGGUUUCACAGAGCAUCAUCACACCCACCUCCACGCCGAUGGCCAAUGCUUCUCGGCAAAGACCCAUUCGACCGGCCAGCAAUAGUUCCACCUCAUCGGCGGGAAAGCAAAAGGUUCUGCUUGACUCUCGAUCGAAUGUCACCAAUGCUAGCCCGGCUGGCAUGCAGGCCAGACUGGCGCCUAAGAACGGUCCGGUGGCCAGUGGAGGAACACCCAAUAGCAGCAACAGCACCUCCACCCCUGUUCGUCCCGGCCUGCUGGGCACUCAACAGGGCAAACUGCCGCUGACAAUGACAAAGGCAAGUGAUGGCACGACGGCCAGUGCAAAGAGUUCGCCAGUGGGAACUGCAAACAGCAGCACUGGCUUCAACAACUCGGCCAACAACAACAAUUCAGCGACCAACAAAGUUGGCCAGAAAGCGGCCAGCUAUACCCCGGCGAGCUCUUCGCCCGGAACUGUGAUGACCUCCACCUCUCUCAACGUAUCCUCUUCAGGCACUAUGAUGACCAGCUCUGGUAACUCCACACCAGUCAAUAGUGCACAGAGCCCCCUAAACCGGAGCACAUCUCCCGCCUCGUCGCUCAACAAAUCAGGCAAUCGCAAGGUGGAGAAAAAGGACUCCUCCACAGGGACACCGACCUUUGUGACGAAACCAAUCAAAAGUGGUCUGAAUGGCGUCCGUACCAGCACUGGAUUCACCAGUAAUAAAUCAGCGACCCCUAACACGCCGACGAACUCACAGUUACCAUCCCAGCAGAAUGCGCAUAUUCUCAACGGUGUCUUCUGUCAGGUGCAGCAGACCAAUCCUCAAGCUAAAACGGCAGCCACAAACCAGAAAACGCCUAACGGAACAGUCUCCAAAUCGGUGGGCAUUGGCGUUCAGAAGGGCUUGUCCACGCCCAAACUCAAACCCAAACAGCCGGAGAAAGUCGUUUUGACGCACGUCAUUGACGGCUACGUGAUUCAGGAAAGCCCAAGUCCUUUCCCCAUUAAUGGGCACUCUAGUGAGGCAGAAAAUGCCCAAAAGGACAAAGACGCUUCUGCUGCGAAGCAAGAGUCGGCGGAUGACGGGAAAGCAGCAAAGAGCGAUUCAGUAAAGGAAGCGACUGCUGCGAACAAAGAUGGCACACCAACGACAAGUAACGGUAUGAGGGGAGAAUCACUGCAGACCGCAACCUCCUCCACCAGUACAGCCACUCCCACCACCUACGCUAACUUCAAAGCGAACCGAGUGAGUGUGGGCUGUGUGAACUGCGGCAAGAAGGAGAUGUUCAAGAAUGGAAAGGACAAGAUGAAGAAGUUCUGCAGUGCCGCCUGUAAUGAGGACUUCUCGCGGAAGAAGGCGCUGCAGAAUGGAACGGCCCCGAUGGCCCCGCCGGUGUCGGUGAUGAACAAGGUGAUGAUUGGCCAGCCGCUGAUGGCCAACUCGAUCAUGCCGCAGCAGAUGCCCAGCAUGCCAGUCGCCGCCGUGCCCAUCAUCGCCAGCGUCACCUACAACAACCUGCCGCUGAACAACGGUGGCACCCCGGUGGCGCAGAUGAACGGCGGCCUGAAGAGGAACACCAACCUCAAGGAGAGUGGUGGGCCGCUGUCAGAGAAGAAAGCUCGCGUCAACUCGCCUCUCACCGUCAAAAACGACGCUCAUAUGGCAAACAACAAGGCUGCGGCGCAGCAAAACGGCCUCACCUCAACUAUGGUGGGAGGCACUGAUUCGGCCUCGUUGAUUGUCAAGGAAGACAAGACCGGCAUGUCUGAGUUGGACGGCCUCUGGCUGCCGGGAAAUGGAAAAGACCCGCCUACCAAGUGGACGGUCAAAAACGACGCUCAUAUGGCAAACAACAAGGCUGCGGCGCAGCAAAACGGCCUCACCUCAACUAUGGUGGGAGGCACUGAUUCGGCCUCGUUGAUUGUCAAGGAAGACAAGACCGGCAUGUCUGAGUUGGACGGCCUCUGGCUGCCGGGAAAUGGAAAAGACCCGCCUACCAAGUGGACGGUUCAAGACGUGUACGAUUUCAUCAACAACCUCGAAGGGUGCUCCGGCUGUGCAGAUGAGUUCCGGGUGCACGAGAUCGACGGACAGGCUUUGAUGUUUAUUAACGAAGAGCAUAUCAUUACUAUUUUGAAAAUGAAGCUGGGCCCUGCACUCAAAAUUGUCAAAAAAAUCAAAGACCUUAAAUCUGCUUACAACAUGUAG